AUGUACGCUAUCGACAACAAGUUUCCAACGCAAAGUGAGAUGCUGACAACACUUAAACAAGAUGUUGGUGGAUUUCUGAAAGCAAUGCCCAAAACCAUCCCGCUCAAAUGGCUUGAAUUCCAGCAUAUUUUGCAGGAGAAUGGUAGGACAGCAGUACGAAUGAGUUAUACUAAGGUCUGUGAAGUCGCCACUAGCUGUGGAAUUUCCGUGAAGAAUCUGAUCCACACCCUCAACUACCUACAUGAUCUUGGAAUCAUUUUGUACUUUGAGAACAACAAACUACUGAAGGACACAGUUAUAACAAACACACGGAAGCUGAUUGACAUCUUCAGGAAAAUCAUCACAGUGGUGGAACCUGAUGACAUUGAUAAGUUGGCUUCAAUGAUCAAGCUGUGGAAUAAACUUGAUAAUGAAGGUAUACUGGAGGAAGAGUUAAUCAGACAUCUUUGGAGAGAUGAGAUUAGCGAAGAUGAAUCUAGCUUUGAGGUCUACUUGGAGUUGAUGAAGCAGUUUGGACUGCUCUGCGAGCAGAUCAAG